AUGACAAAAAGUAAUUAUUCUCCUCCUGAGAUCUUCACCAAUCUUGACCGAAAGGGAUGUAUACAAGACGGGAACAACGUGCCAAUAAUUUACCACAUCAAAAGACACUGCGCCAAGAAAGCAAUUUUUACGGAGUUGGAUAAAAUUCCAGCUGAAUCCAUGGUAUACUCGAAGGCUCUCCCUGAUAGAGACGAGAACAGCCUGGAAAGGUUAUCAGAAAAAUAUUGGUGGCUUCAGGGCGAAGCCAAACAUCUGGACGAGAUACGUAGAAGAGCCAGGCACAAACAACAACAAACUCAACGACGACAAAGAGACAGAUGUCAAGCAAGACGACGACACAUACAUCGUCAAUAA